AUGUGCAAUGGUCAACAGGUCGGAAAACAAUUCGGAAUAAAAAAAUUACAGCAAAAUUGGGCGCUGCUUCCAGUGUUCGGAUGGAUUGUAAAAAUUUCAACAGUGGUUAACGCAAUAAGUUCUGUUGUUACCGUGGUGAGGGAAGGGGGUAGAUUAUAUUAUAUCUUCAAAAAGAGCAUACGACUUCAUAAAUGGCGUUAUCGAAAGAAGAUCUGCUGCAGAAUCUUUUCACAGACUAGACAUAUUCCUUUGAUUAUUUGCUUUUCACUUUUUGUAACUAGAAGAAUGAUUCAAUAA